UGGAACAGGGAGUACAAUGUAAGUCCAGGGCACCAGGCUGGGAAGAGAUACAAACAGUACAGAGCACUGAAUCACAAUUCCAAACGAUCUUGAUAAGUGGGAGAAAUGAUCUGAAACCAAUAGCCUGAGCCUCCCUGCAGGGAAGAGUAACUGAGAAAGGUGAAAUCAAAUACAUCAACUCUGAGCAAUCCACGAGCAGCUGCACAGCACUGCAGGAAUUUGGGAAAAUGAGGUGGGGGGAACUCCCCAGAUGUUGUGGUAAAGGGGAGGCUGGGCAGGGCUUGGAGCAGCAGCCUGGGCUGGUGGAAGGGUGGAAUCAAAAUGGGCUUUGAGGUCAUUUCCAACCCAAACCAUGCAGGGAUUCCAGCCUCUGGUGAUCCAAACGCUCCUCUCAAAUGAGCAGGAGUUGCUGCUGGAGGUGCUGAAACCAAGACCUUGUGUGUCUUGCUGAGCAAGAGGGGCACAGGGAUGUGCUGAAGCUCAUUAUCCACUUUCAAGUUCAUCAGCUUUCAAGUUUAUUGUCCCACAGGGAUUUGCCUGGGGCAUUUUCCAUGGAGAGCUGGCAGUGCUCUUGGCUUCUGAGCUCUCUGUCAGCAUCUCUGUGUGGGUGAGGAGCAAACAAAGCCAAAACUUUUGAUGAGGAGCGUUUGCAAAAGAGCCCAAAGCUUCCCAUGGCCCUGUCUCGGGUGGGGAUUGGAGCUGGUGACAGAUUUAUGGGAUUUUUCCCAGUACCUGGAUGGUGUUGCCAGUUUCCAGUGUAACAAGAUCCCAUGAGGGUGAGUGGUUUUUGGAGUUGUUCGUGUUGCCUGUGGAGCCACGUGAUGGGGUGAACUCACAACUCUGGAGCAGGCAGGGCUGCAGAACCCAUCCCUGCAGGAGAAGAGCGGCCUUUGUUCCAGGAAGGGCACACAGACACUGCAAGAGCUGAUUCUUCCUUUUCUUUCAACUAUUCAGCGCUGGAUUUGUUUUGUUCCAACCCUCCACGAGUCCUGCAGCUUUUGGGGAGCUCUGACACCACAAUUCCCAGGCUAAGGAGUUCUGUUUUCAUGAUGUUUGAGCAUUGUCAAACAACUUCAGCAUGUGCAGCUGCUCUGGGAGAUCUGUCUGACUCUGCCUGAGCCUCCUGCUUUUCUUCUGGAGCUGCUGGAGGGGAAACUUGCUCCACAUCAGCACAGCCUCCUGGUCUGGGGAGGGCUACAGCUCCUGCCCUGCCUGUCAUCCCUGCUCCUGUGUGCUUUCCAUGACCUUUUGAUAAACAGUGACCUCUUGUCAGCCUUGAGAUCUGUGUUUGCCUCUUCUGAUAUCUCCAGCCCUGUCUUGGGUGUUUGCCUUUGACAGAAACACUCACAGGAGCUGAUGUGGUGCAACUGUGGGAUCUGUAGUUCCUGAAUCCUGCCUGCCUGAUCCAAGAGGAGGAGGAGGAAGAAGAGAGCCUCCUGUCUGUGCCACUCUUCAUCUCUUCACAUUCCUCAGGCUCCAGCUCCAGCUCUGGACCCCCACCCUGCUGAAGGGCUUGAAAAUGCCUCGUGGCUCCUGGAAAGCCAGAUCCCCUGGAAGGCAGCAGUGGGAGUGAGGGUUUCACAGUCUGCUCCCCACUCAGCUGCUGGGGGGCUGGUUGGUGCUUCCCAGCAGGGAGAGAGAGAAAUGCUGAAUUUGAGAGAGAAAUGCUGAGUUUCUGACCAGAAAACACUGAAUCCUUCAAGGAGAGGCACCUCCAGCAUGGCCCAGAAAAGCCAAACUGGUGGAACUGAGAAGAAAGAGUCCUCCCUCCUGUACUGCAAGGGUGAUUUCAAGGAAGGAGCCCUGCAGUGGGUGACAGAACCCCCCCAGGGCCGGGUGCUGCUGGUGCUCAGCAUGGACAACACCUGCCCCACCUCCUCCUUCGACAUGGACCUUUGUGCUGAGAAACUGCAGUCCCUCGGGGUCCAGGUGCCAGCAGAUCCGUGGAAAAGGCUGAUCCAGGAGGGCGUCCUGAGGCCUGAAGUGCGGCGGUACCUGUUCUACAGCUCCAGGGGCUUCCAGAUCGCCAUGGCUGUGGUUUUCUACAUCUCUCUCUGGACAAACCUUUACUCCACGCUCCAGCUGUGUUCCCUGGGGCACUCCUGGGGGGCCGGUGUGCUGGUGACCCUGGUGGCCCUGGCUCUCACUGCCCUGGUGAUCCUGGUCAUUGAUUGUCACCAGAGGAAGCUAAACGUGAACACAGAUGUGAGGCUGGCAGCUGUCAAUGAAAUCUUUAUCAAACACAACAUAAUCCUGGGGAUUACAGAUGUCCUGGAUGGGCCACACCACAUCCUACAACUGUGGUUUGUGCACUUCAGCCCCGAGCACUGCCUCCAGGCCCUGUCAGCCCACAUCGCUCACCUGCAGGGGACACAGGCAGGCUUGAGGCACAGGCUGGACAAGCUCUGUGUGGCCAUGGAUGUGGCAGUUCAGCCCGAGCUGGGGGUGGAGGAGGAGGCUCCAUGUGAAGAAUCCCCUCUUUUAUCCAGCAGGGUGACCCUGAAUAAAAACCCUGUGACCUGCAAUGAGCUCCUGCACCUCAUCCCCGAGGGCCCACCCGAGGCCAUGGCCCAGCAGCUCCUGGUGAUUUUCAGUGGAUGCUACGUCCGGCUCCUGGUGACGGGCCGGCUCCCUCGGGCCGGGCCAGGGACACACCUGGGCCACAGCAGCAUCCCCUGCCUCUGCCAGUUCAUCCAGACCACCGUGCUCCACACCCACCACAGCUGGGGCAGGCAUUGUAGUGGAAUGGCUUGAAGUGCUUGGCUGAGAUAACAUCCAGUGAACAGAUGAUGAGGACCCCACUGCUGACAUGCCAAUUAUCAACACCUACUGUCUGUGGAGAGAAUGGACCAAGGCCCCGACUGAAGAUGAAGAUGAUGCAUUAAAACCACAGCCAAAAAUCACCCAUGCUCUAAAAGGGAAGACCCAAGGAAUGGCCAUGCAAAAGUUCCUGGAAAAGUUAGAAUAUGCAGAAUUUUUCCGAAUGUGCAACAGGCUGAUGCAAUGGAAAUGAUCUAUAAAUUGUGUUUCCAAAAUAGGUGUGUUCUUGGCAGAGUGCCAAGCACCCUUUGCUUUAUUGUCUUUAUAUCCUAUUGUCUUUUUUUUUUUUUUU